AUGGUUGAUGAUUUGGUUUGUCCCAACUCCUUAGCUGACACUCAUUUGUAUAAUCCAUAUGAAGAUUAUGCGGAGGUGGAAACAAAACUGCGAGCACAUCUAGAAUCAUUUUUAGAAACUUCAAGAUCCUUCAAUACGAUUUACACCAAGGAAAUUCAUCCAUGGACACACAUGAUGGAGGUACCUCAACUGCAUGGGUUUGGGCCAGUUGCUAACAGAUUGCUGGAGGCGUACAAGACGCUCUUGAAGUUCCUUGGGAACCUAAAGAAUCUUCGAGACUUGCAUGCAGCAGUGGCUGUUGGGUUAUCUGAAACAAUUGUUGGUGAGCCUUCUUCUGUCACGAGAAUAAUCUCAGAGUGUGAAACUGCAUUAACAUUCUUGAAUCAUGAUCUUGGAAUCCUUUUGGCUUCUAUUGCUCGUGAGCAAGGUGAGGAGAUCAGUUUGUGA